UAGCUGCAAUGUCUUCUGUGAGGAACACUACGCUUCAGUCUGACAUUGGCAAAAUGAAACUCGAGAAUGACGGUUCGUUCAAAAGAGCCUCAUCUGCUUUCAGGAACUGGAUCCACCCGAAGGACACCCAAUUCCCCGCUGAGAGAGACCGGUACCAUCUUUAUGUUUCGUACGCAUGUCCAUGGGCAACAAGAACGCUUAUAACUAGAAAAUUGAAAGGUCUCGAGGAUAUCAUCCCCGUCACCGUCGUCUCCCCCCAUAUGGGCGAGAAUGGAUGGCCUUUUGCAAGCGUCGACCCUUUCCCUGGUGCUGAUGUUGACCCACUGUACAACUCUAAACAUGUCAAAGAUCUUUACUUCAAAGCAGACCCCAACUAUGGCGGAAGGUUCACAGUGCCUGUCCUCUGGGAUAAGAAGCAGAACACGGUUGUCAAUAACGAGAGUUCGGAGAUCGUUCGUAUGUUGAACUCUGCGUUCAAUGACAUGCUCCCCCCCGAAAAAGCUGCGGUCGAUAUCUAUCCGGAAGAACUUCAGAAACAGAUUGACGAAGUGAACAGUUGGGUAUAUGAUACCGUCAAUAACGGUGUUUACAAAGCGGGAUUCGCCGGCACUCAGGAAGCCUACGAGGCGGCCGUAUAUCCUCUUUUCGAAAGCCUUGAUCGACUCGAGAAGAUGUUGACGGGAAAGAAUUACCUCGUCGGCGACAGAUUAACAGAGGCGGACAUUAGGCUUUUUGUUACGGUGGUUCGCUUCGACCCUGUUUACUUUAGCCACUUCAAGUGUAGUCUGAGGGACAUCCGCCACGGGUAUCCAGCUAUCAACAGGUGGAUGAAGAAUCUCUACUGGACUAAUGAAGCCUUCCGUUCGUCAACAGAUUUCCGGCAUAUCAAGGUCCAUUAUUACUGGUCCCAAACCAAGGUUAACCCAACGAGGAUCGUUUCUGUAGGCCCAGUUCCUGAUAUUGAGCCGUUGUAGGUUAGGAUUUCGGAGAUUGUUAUGUCCCAGGUUAACCCAACGAGGGUCGUUUCUGUAGGUCUGGUUCCCGAUAUUAAAGUUAAAGUUCUGUAGGAUGGGAUUUCCGUGGUCGCAUAUGUAGUAUGGCUGCUGCGGCACGUAUUGGCGAGCUUUUCGUUCGUUCGAUUGUGUAUUUUACGUAUCAUCGACGUGCAUUAAGGGAGAUUGGCCAAUAUGCACUAAUGACUCGCCUCUCAAUGUCGUGGGGAAAAGGACA